GCGCAGACUGAACGCGCGCAGCAAAGACGCUGUCAGGAUAGAGAAUUUAUAGCAAUUUGAACGUUUGGUCAGAUCACUUCUAAAAAUCUGUUCUUAAGGUGGCGCUGUAUCCUUUUAUUUUGCCUCGCUCUCCUCUCAGAUGAAGAUCUUACAGUGAAUUUUGGCGACGCUGGAGCUGAGCGCGCAUCUCUAAAAAUGAAAGCUUCAGAAGAAACACUAAAACCGAUCGAUUAAAAACUAAUCGAUUGAUUGAUUCAUUCAUUCAUCGCAUGAAGACAGCAUACAUGGAUGGAGCUCGGAAAAACAUGGACACAUGUCUGAGGAGAUUAAAACAAGAGCUGUCUGUUGAGUCCCAUCCAGCUGUCGCUGAGUACAGCACCUGUGCCAAAGGGUCCCUUGGUGUAUUCGUACAACUCUCUAUGAAGGAGGCCGGUGAUGGACUACAUGAUCAGAUGAACUGCAUGAUGGGAGCUCUGCAAGAAUUGAAACUCCUUCAGGUUCAAACUGCCCUUGAGCAACUAAAGAUCUCAGGAAAUACUGGAUGUAUGACUCAACCGGCUGUUGAAGGUUCUAGCACCAGUCCCGACCCAGACAACGAGAAACCUCAGUCUAUCAGGACCUUUGUUACAGAAGAUCAGCACCCCAACCGCAACAGUUUGGGAACAUCACCCUCAUUGUCCAGUCUAGAGAGUGAGAGUGUACUUCUGCCCAGACCAAUCUCAGGUUACACAGCCCCACAAGUGGAAUACUGUGGGCCAAAAUUGGGCCACCUUCCUGUACAACACCACAGCAACCAGCAGCAUUUGUCUGAACCAGAACAACAGGAGGUGGACCUGCCUGGGAUCUUGUACAGCCUGUCUCGAGAGGGACCGUCACUUGACAGCGAUUGCAUCGAGGACACCAUGGAUGACUCUAGUGACUGGACAUCUUCACUCAUGAGUCAAAGUCGCAAUCGUCAGCCUCUUGUGCUUGGAGACAACGUCUUUGCUGACUUAGUUGGCAACUGGUUGGACCUUCCUGAACUGGAAAAAGACCUCAAUAGACCUGACUCUCCAGCACAUCCACUCAGACUCAGUCGCUCUCAGGAGCUCUGCAAAAGAUUCUCAUUGACCACCAACAUCUUCAAGAAGUUCCUGCGUAGUGUGCGACCUGAUCGUGAUAAACUGCUGAAGGAGAAGCCAGGCUGGAUGCCACCAGAUCGCAACGCAGAGGCUGAACUCUUUAAGAGACCUAAGAAGGCAGGAAAGUCUAGAGGUGGAUUUUAUUUACCAUUCUGGGCAGGAGGGCAAAUGGGAAUGGGACAGUCAUGCCCUACACCGACAAAAAAAAGGGAUCCGUUUCUUGAACUGAACAUUGACAGUAAAACAGCUCCUGUAGACAAAGUUCAUCCCUUAUUUGACUAUAAUACAGCUGUUUGGGUUUAACAUUGAGUCUUAAACAAGAGAUUAUGUAUAUAAUAUCACAACUAAUUAUAUUUCUUAUCAAUUCUGACCAUGACAAUCAUUAAGAACUUUCAGGGUAUGUAAACAGGUGUUCCUUUUGAAAUAUAGAUUACAGCUGCACUUAAAAUAGGCCAGUAAUUGUUUGAAAACCCAGUGCAGGCUCCACAGCUACUGCAUACUGUACAUUUGUUUCAUCACUAGAAUGCCAUAUGUGUCUUAAAGUCAGUUUCCAUCCGUUUGCUAAUUCCCUUUUGUGCUGUCACUUCUGACGUUGUUAAGAUUUCCAAUCAUUCAGGUCGAUGUGCAUGAUUACUGGUUUCUCUGUAACACUGUGUGACGUCAGCUUCACAAACAAAUCUUACCUUAUAUUUAAGCACAUAAGUUUCUGCUGCCAGACUGUUGUACUUUCAGGGACUUAAAGCUGCAGUCCGUAACCUUUGCCUUGCUAUCGCCAUCUCUGUUUGAAACAUAAAUUGCAGUUAUUUGCAAAAUGUUCACAUCGAAACUUUGCACAAAUGAAUCUGAUCACAGCAUUAAAGCGGCUCUGUCAUUAUACAUAGACAUAGUAUAUAAUAAAAGUUAUAUAUCCGAUAAAACGUCACAAAGUAAAAGAUUGUUUUGACUAAAUGAAGAUGUAAAAGUUUUAGUAUAAAUCAUGUUGGUGAUGUCUUACUCGUUGGUGAUGUCUGGAUAAAGUAAUCUCUGCUCCAUUAUUUAACCCCUUCAGAUGUUAAAAAAGUCCUGCUAAUAUUAACUCUUGGUUUAACACGACCUCUGUCGCAACUUUAAGCAGUUUGAGUUUGAUUCCAUAGAUGUAAGGACGCCAUUUAGGUGACAAGUUUAAAAUCUAAGCAACUGUUGACAAGCUACAAAGUCUUCACCAUCUGCAGCAGCAGACACAGGUAAUAUAGUAGCCGGGUCCACUUCUUAAUGUUUCCAGACAUGAUGAAUCACGAAAAUAAAAUAUUUUUUAUGCAAAAUUAAGCCCGACCAAGCAUAUUGUAAAUUGGUAACAUAAGGAGACUGUGAUUUUUAUGUAUUUGCUCAACAUUUCAAUUCAAUUCAAUUUUAUUUAUAUAGCGCUUUUCACAAUAGUUAAUUGUUUCAAAGCAGCUUUACAUUAAUAGAAGCAGUAAAAGCAAAGAAAAACGACAGAUAGCACAACAUAAUACACAAUAGCAUAAGCAGUCAAAUUUGCUGCGGCUAUGACUCAACAUUAUAAGCGAGCGUAUUACUAAUGUAACGUCUAGAAGAGGAAGCUAAGUUAAGCCCAAGAAGGCUGCCUUCCCGGGGUAAAUAACCCCCUAGGAGAAAAAAACCCCGGGCUGUUUAGCCGAGGAAAUAAAAAAAAAGUCCUAGGAGGGAAAACCCCUUGGGAGAAAUAUAUGUAUAUACACACAUAUAAACGGAUAAGGAGAUUAAGCAGAGAUUAAGGGGGUUCUGCUGGUGAUCGUUGGUCAGGCAUCAGCUGGGCAUCACGUUGAAGGACAACCAGUAGAUCAGAGGUGUGCCGACUUUCACAUCUACCGGAACUGGGUCUGUUUGUCCCAUUGUCCUCGGGAUCGAGGACGAGACAGGGAGAGAAAAACAAAAUCAUAUUAGCGUAGGGGCCGUUCACAUGUAAUGCAAGUGUCACACAGUGAUGUGGUUUAAUCAGCUUAGUUUCAGACAGACUAACUAUUGCGGCAUAAUUAUAUUAUCCACAGUUGAGGGUUUUGCAAAUUGGGGGCCCACUGCGACGGUAUAUAUGGUAACUAAGGGUCACCUUUCCGAUCUUUAAGAGAAAAUGAAACCUGUCGACCCGUUUGACUAAGGCCUGUGACCCCACUGUCGUCGUUAAUGCAGGUUCAGUGGCAAACGAGUCUAUAUUGCAUACUAUUUACAAGACCAUGAGAAAACGCCAACAUCGCAACCUGACCAUACGUGUCAACCCAUUUGACUAAGGCUGGAGGCCCCAAUGUCGUCGUUAAUGCAGGUUCAGUGGCAAACGGGUCUGUAUGGCAUACUAUUCACAAGACACAUGAAAGCGCCAAAAUCGCAACCCGACCAUACGUGCCAACCCGUUUGACUAAGGCUGGAGGCCCCACUGUCGUCGUUAAUGCAGGUUCAGUGGCAAAUGGGUCUGUAUGGCAUACUAUUCACAAGACACACGAAAGCACCAAAAUCGCAACCCGACCAUACGUGCCAACCUGUUUGACUAAGGCCGGAAGCCCCACUGUCGUCGUUAAUGCAGGUUCAGUGGCAAACGGGUCUGUAUGGCAUACUAUUCGCAAGACAAAGAAAGUGUCAAAAUCGCAACCCGACCAUACAUGCCAACCCGUUUGACUAAGGCCGGAAGCCCCACUGUCAUCGUUAAUGCAGGUUCAGUGGCAAACGGGUCUGUAUGGCAUCUGAUUUUUGUUUAUUUUGUAACUGAGAAAAGUUACAGACUGCAGCUUAAAUAACUUCAUUAAUCUACUGCACACAAAUAUCAGGUAUUUUUUAUAUAACAAUACUUUUUAUAAUGUUACAUUAUGCAUGUGCACAGGUCGCUGGUUAAAAUUGCUGCAACCCUCAUUAUUCUAUAAAGGAAAGACUUUACCUUAGAGCAGGGGUUUUUCAAGAGGCCCCCAGAAAAUUUUUGCUGAAAAAAACACAAAGCAAAAAGAGUUAAAGUUUACUGUGUAGCCAAUUAUUUAAGUCUUUAUAAUAUCACAAUUACUGUUUAUCUAACAGUUUCAAUGUUUCGUUUUAACAUGGAUAUAUAUUUGGGAAAGGGGGCCCUCGGAAACAGUUUAUCAUAAUGGGGGGUCCCUGCCACCAUAAAGUUUUAAAACCCCUGCCCAGGAAAUGUUGAACACUGGAACAUUGGCCAUUAUAUUGAAAAGUCAAAGCUUCUGUAAAAGAAGCUACAGUGAUUGGUGUUCAGCCAUUAAACUCAACGACUGACUUUACAUGCAUAGGCCUGUGUGAUGGCAAACCAUACAUAUUGUCAUUACCAAUGUCCAGAUCAGAGUAGUGAUGGGAUUAUAAAGCAUCUCAGAUGAUUAUAACACUUAGAUGUAUGCGUUGCUGAGGAUAAUCCCUCACACACACGAGAGUAGUGUCAAGAACUCGGACUGAUGAUCCCAAGAGCAGACGAUGGGGGGUUUAAACAAAGGCUAAAUCCAAAACCGCAUACUACCGUACUAUAUAGUAGGCAAAAAGCAGUAGGCGAACGAAUAGUAUGUCCGAAACCUCAGUAUACGUAAAAGGGUAAGCGAGAAUUAGCGGGAUUUUGGACUAUUUCUCGCGAGAUUCAGAGGCACGUGUACUUAAGUAUUGUCCGAAACCACCUACUUACUUAAAAUGUAGUAGGGGAAACAGCACGUGAACAGAGUAGUACGUAGUAGUUGAUAUUAAAUUACAAUCUGCUUGCUUUACUUAUUUUUAUCCACUACAAAAUUAUGUAAUAUAUCUGUAACACUGACAGAGACAGUAGUAGAGUUGUCAAGUUAACUGAUGCAAUCAGGUGUUAGUGCACCUGUCCCUCAUACACACGCAUACGUUUUCAUGUCUGUAUAGGUUUGUUCGAGUUUAUGCACCGCUGUAAGAACCAACAGGUGAAUGACAUCAAGAACCGUUAGAGUGAUUUCAGAAAUCACACGGAGAAGUCUGAUUUCGAGUUGCUCUCGUGGUAUUGUGAUGUCAUCCUCCUGUCGGUUCUUGUGUGUUUUUUUUAUUGCUUUAAACAACAAAAUGAUACAGUACACAACUUUAGAGCCAGGGGAGCAAAUAAAACAUACACACACAAAAAAUAAAUAAAAAAUAAAAUAAAAUACAAGACCAUUAGUCAAAGAUUUUAAAGACAGUACAUAAAUGAACUUUUCUAUUAUGUCGGUUCUUGUGGUUCCGUAUGAACUGGAACCUGUACUACGUCAUACAGUAUGUCGCAUGAUAACGUCAACAUGGCGAAUGCUGUCCAUACUUAACGCGAACGUACGUACUGUCUUAGCGCACGUUAAGUAGGUACCCAGUGAAAUUCAGUACCUACACAGUAAGUAUGCGAUUUCGGAUUCAGCCAAUGACACUUUAAUAACAGAAGAAACAAAAAGGCCCAUGUGGGGGCAAACAACAUCAAACAGGGCAACACAACAAGACCAAAACAGUAAAACUACUUGACACAAUUUAUAACAUUAGACUAAACCAUACAACAGCACUAACAUGAUGGUACAAAAUGAUACUGCACAGGGCUAAAGAAACAAUGACAUUAAAUAAGAAAACCAAACAAGAAAACCAAACAAGAUAACGAGGAGGGAACAGGUGAUGGGAAUAAACAAUAAUUAACAAUAAGCAGGAGAACGAGGGGGCAGGGACAAGAGACAAGACACCGGAGGCACAUGACUCAAUACACAAAGCCAUGAACCUCCACAUAGAACUGCCAGAAUCCUGCCAUCAUGACUUAGACAAAUACAAAACAUAACUCAAAAGCAGGACCCUGACAAGUAGAUUAAGAUUUCAUGUAGAUGAUAUGAUGGGAAACCUCUGACAUUCAAUGAAUCAAACCAGACACUGACCUAUUGAUCUCUAUUUAAAAAUACAGCUGUCUCUAGUGAAAGUUACAGCAUAAUUCAACAGGGUCAGUUACACUGGCAGCAAUAAUCUUACAAUAUUUGUGUGUGCAUGGAGAAAUGGUUUGGUCUGAAACUAUCCAUUAUGAAAAAUGCAAAACUGUAAAGUACUUUUUAAAUUUUAUUAUCAUCCAUGUUCAUAGUUAUUAACACAUUUAACUUUUUACAGUGUUUUUUUAUAUUCAGUAGACAAUUCUUUUAGAAGAAUUGUGCAGUUGUCAUCAGUAGUAAAAAACCUUGAUUUUUAUGUACAUUUACAUUAUCAAGCACAAACAGCAAUACUCAGAGCUCAGCACACGAUAGUUAUCAUACUGUCAGAGGCGACAGCUACACAAAUGUCAUACAAAUCUAUUCAAAGAGUGUUUUUGUAUUUUGCCAAAAGUUUUAUAUUGAUGAAAUGUAAUUUUGCAGAGCCUCUUUAAGAGAGCACCAUAUGUUUUGUAAAGAAUUAAUAAUGUAGUUUUCUUAAUGUAUUCUUUAGUUGCUUGGAUUAACAUACUUUGCCAUGAAGGUUAGCUGUGUAGCCACUUGUCUUUCUUAUGAAAGGAUUUGUUUUCAGGCGUUGUCUUUUUUGUUUUCAGGCAUUGUCAAAUAGUGCUUUGUUACAUAGCUAGAUCAUUACAAAGCAUGUUAAGCAAGAAAUAAUUAAAUUGCACUGAUAUUAAACAUUUUAGGGGCCGUUUUUGUCACAGUAUUAUCACCAGCUGUUUUGAUAAUGUUAUAAUUCAAAGAGAGUCUUUAAUAAAUGCCAUAAAUGUGA